CAAACACUAAGCACACAACAAAAGCAAACCAAAGACGCAACAGCCAGAAAGCAGCAACAUCAACAAGAACAGCUGCAAGAAGAAGAAAAGCCGGCCAGUGAUGGAUCCUCCAUAUAUUCAUCGCGCCAGGUACGUCGGCGUUUCAUCUCCGAACCCUAAUUUUUAUGCACCAUCACCUUCAUCCCAUGUUUACAACUACCGUCCGCAACCACCACUGCCUCAACAACAACAACAACAACCUCUCCCUCCGCCGCAACAAUCGCUCCCUGCUCCGACACCGGUUCCACCACUUAAUCACCCUCCUCUUUCUGUCCCAGCACCAACAAAGAAUCCGUAUAAUUCCCACCAUCACCCCCAACUCUCGUUCAAUCCCAAUUUUAAUCCUAACCCUAACCCUAACCCUAAAUCUGUCAAUGUUGAUCACAAUCGUCACCACCACCAUCAACGAAGUCACGAUUAUGUCCACCGGAUUCCCGUUGACGAUGAGCGCCAUCAUCCUCACCGUCAACGACUGGUUCCUGAAUUCGAUACCAGACCCGAUGUGUGGGACCCACCCAGGAUUGUUCCCGAUCACCGUCCGGUUGUCAGCAAUUUGGAACAUCAUCGUCAAUUUGAUAACCGACCUGUGUCCGGUUAUCGGUCCAUCGAGAAGAUUAAUCAUGAAGUACAUAUGAAACAUAGGUUAAGAGAAAGGUACAACAACGAUGUCUUUGAUUUUGAGCAUAAGAAUGGUAAUAGUAAUCAAAGAUUAGAGUUUGUGUCACGUCGUAGUCUUUUUGUAUCUGAUUCUGAUAGAUUGAAUUCUGCUAAUUACGAGAAUGUACAUGGUUCGCAGUUUGAUAGUAAUGAGAUGAUAAGGAGUAAUGUGAGAGACGGGGUUUUUGAGAGGCAGGCAUUGAGAGAGAGGGAAAUUCGUGAUUCGAUGAUUGAAAUGGGGCAAAAUAGUGUGAAUGGUGGUGGCGGAGUUAGGAGUUUUAGUGGAAAGCGUGAGUUUUAUGGGUCAGAUUCAGGAAGAUAUGGUAAUAAUAGAGGAAGCAGAGAGAACAGUUUUGAGUAUAAUAGGACUCCAAGGAAGCAAGUACAAAAGAAGAGUGCACUUUUGAGAAUACAGAAACCUUGUUUUAGGACUAGAGAAAAUGAUGAAUUGCAUUAUUCUGGUUAUUUUGUUGAGAUGAAGUCUGGUUCAUUGAGAGGGAAAGAUAAGGUUGUGUAUUCAGAUCAUGGGGUGGUUGCUGAAGAAGAGAGAGAGGGCAGUCCUGUGGAGCUUGAUGUUUCUUUCAAAUCUAAUUCAUUGGUGGCCAAGGCAAUUGUGGCACCUUUGAGUUCUGCUGUUGUUUCUGAUCCAAAUGUAACACCUAAGAAUGGAAAAAAUAGGAAAGUUAUGGCGUCAGAUAAGGAUCGUUCAAGUCCACAAUUGAAUAGAGUUUGUGACAGUAAUAUAAAGUUGGAUAGUUCCAGAGAUGUUGUGAAUAAUGCCUCUAGUUCUGAUAAAAAUAUUGACUUGAAACAAUCUGGGAAGAAGGUUGCCCCUUCUACUGUUGGUGAAAUGCUUGAUCAUAAUUUACAGUCUUGUACCACUCAGGUUAAUGGUUCACCUGCAAAGGUUAGAAGGUCAAAAUGUAUUGUUUCAGAUAAAGGAGGCACUGAUGAUAGUACUAGUAAAACACCUUCGCUCAAGGUUGCAAAGAGGAAAAGAGUUGUGAAGAAAGUAGUCAAGAAAGUUAUUAACUCUAAUCCAGAUGUAUCCAGUUUGCAACCAAAAGAGAAGCUUGAUGAACCUCUGAAAGCAGAUGGCUCCACCCUUAAGGCAUCUGCAGCUCCUUUGCUGAAAAAGGGAGGAAAACCUUCCAAAGAGAAAAUCACUCCUGCUGGGGCAACUUCAGUUCAUUCCGUUGAUUUACAGCCAGGAAUGAUGUUGCCUGUAAGUGACAAAGUGGGUGGAUCUUCACAGGCUGCCAUGGGACCAGAGGAAGUUACCACUGAUGUCGAUUCUGGUGGAUCUCAUAUCACUAAGAUUAAGAGAAAGAUGAGUGACUCAAUUUCUCCUUUGGCUUCUUCUAGUAAUAAAGAAACUAAAAUCAAUGAGGGUUCUGUAAAUGCAGAUCAUUCUUUCAGUGACAUACAGAAAACUGGAAAGGAUCUAACUAAAUCACUAAACAAAGCUACUGUUUCUGACAUUGGUAGUGGUGAAGUUGCCGGCGAGCAGUUCUGCCACAAGGGAAACACUUUAUUGCUUGAGAAUUCUUCCACAAAAGAAUCUCCGAAAAUUUUGUUUUCGGUAGGAGGUGAUAUUAAUUCUGAUCUGUUAAGCUCGGAGGAAAAUGAAAGACAUGAGGCAAGUGUUUUUGCCCAUGGAAUGAAUGCAACAACAGGUUUUAAUAAUGAUUUAGGUCUCCACAGUGGCAGUGCUCAACGUGUGAUCCAUAGGGAUGUUAAAUCAUCAAAUAUACUACUGUCAGAUGAUUUUGAGCCACAGCUAUCUGAUUUUGGACUUGCCAAAUGGGCAUCGACCUCCGCAUCACAUAUAACCUGCACUGAUGUUUCAGGAACCUUUGGUUACUUGGCCCCUGAAUACUUCAUGUACGGCAAAGUAAAUGACAAGGUGGAUGUCUAUGCAUUUGGCGUUGUACUCCUUGAGCUUCUCUCAGGCAGAAAGCCAAUAAGCAAUGACUAUCCCAAAGGCCAAGAGAGUUUAGUCAUGUGGGUAUGUAUUCUCUACUGA